CGCCGCCGCCUGUUGCUGAGCUCGAUCGGGGCCACCGCAGGACUGACUCCAUGGGGCUGGGUCCGCGCUCGGGGCGCCGGUUCCAAGCCGGCGGCCCACGAGGGCGCGGGGCGCAGAGGUCGGGGCGACCCCCGGCUGAGCGACCGCGGCCGUCGGCCCGCCCGCGCGAGGGGCUAUCGGCGUCGGCUCCCGAGGCGCCGCCUCACCUGAGCCCCGAGUCCCUGGGCUACUUCCGCCGCGCGCUGUCGGCGCUGAAGGAGGCCCCCGCGAGCGGGGAAGAGCGAGAGCUGAUGGUGCGCAAUGUGUUGAAGGAAGUGGAGGAGCAGGCCCUCGCUUUGGCUUUAAACCGGACUGGCAGUGAGAUGUUGCAGGAACUCUUGAGACUGAGCCCCCAGAAACCUCUGUGCCGAGUGUGGGCUGCUCUGCGCUCUAACUUACGCCUUGUGGCCUGCCACCGGUGUGGGGUGCACGUGUUACAAACUGCUCUGCUGCAGCUGCCCCGAUUGCUGGGGAGUCCGACGGAGGAGGUGGAAGAGGAGGAAGGAAAAGAUGCGUCUUCAGAGACCUUGGAAGAGCUGGUUCUGGGACUUGCCUUGGAAGUGUGUGAGGAUUUUCUUUUCUACUGUGGAGACACACAUGGCAGUUUCAUUGUCAGAACUCUGCUGCAGGUGUUGGGAGGGACUAUUCUGGAGGUGGAGAGAACCAGGCCCCUGGGCUCUCAAGCACCAGAAGCACAGAGGGCCCCUGCUCGGGAGUGUAAGCCUACUGACUAUGAUGUUCCUGGAACCUUCCUCAGCCACCUACAGGACCUGUGCUCCUGCUUUCUGAAAGACAUUGCUGUAUUUGUCACUGACAAGAUUUCGAGCUUCUGCCUUCAAGUGGCCUUACAGAUCUUACACCGCAAACUGCCCCAGGUCUGUGCCCACCUCUGCAGUACUGUAAUUGGCUACCUGAGUAGCCGUCAGUCCUCAACAGAUGGCAGCCCCCUGCUGGUCUUCCUGCGGGAUCAGACUAGCUCCAGACUCCUGGAGCAGCUGUUACUUGUGCUGGAGCCCCCGAGGCUGCAGAGCUUCUUUGAGGACCACUUCCGAGGUCAGCUGCAGAACUUGGCUGCACAUCCUAUCGCCAACUUCCCUUUGCAGCGCUUUUUAGAUGCAGUCACAAGCCCUAAGUUGCUAUCCCCUGUGUUUGAAGAGCUGAGCCCUGCCCUGGAAGCUGUGCUGGCUCAGGGUCACCCCGGGGUAGUCGUUGCCCUCGUUGGGGCCUGCCGCAGAGUCGGAGCCCACCAAGCACAGGUCCUGCAGCUGUUGUUGGAGGCAUUCCACUGUGCAGAGCCUGCGUCUCGGCAGGUGGCCUGUGCACCCCUCUUUGCCACUCUACUAGCAUAUGAGGUGUAUUAUGGCCUGACAGAGGAUGAGGGUGCAGAGCCCUCAGAGCACCAGCUGGAAAUGGCCACAGACCAGGCUCUGGGGGAUGUGACAGUCCUGGGGUCACUGCUGCUCCAGCAUCUGCUGCACUUCUCCACUCCUGGGCUUGUGCUACGAAGUCUGGGCGCCCUGACAGGAACCCAGCUUCUUGCACUGGCCCAGAGUCCUGCAGGUUCCCAUGUGCUCGAUGCUGUUCUGACCAGCCCCUCAGUAACUCGCAAGCAGCGUCGCCGCGUGCUGAAAAUCCUGAAGGGACAGUAUGUGGCUCUGGCCUGUAGUCGCCAUGGCAGCCGUGUGCUUGAUGCUAUCUGGAAUGGAGCAGCCUUAGGGGCCCGGAUAGAAAUUGCUGCGGAGCUUGGGGAGCAGAACCAGGAGCUGAUAAGAGACCCUUUUGGCCACCAUGUGGCUCGCAAUGUGGCUCUGACGACCUUCUUGAAGCGCCGAGGGGCUUGGGAACAGCAGCAGGGGGCUGUGGCCAAGCGGAGGCGAGCUUUGGAUUCCAUCCUCGGAGACUGAAGCACGAAGGCAACAGAAGGGUCUGGCUUGUCGCUUUCCGGAGUUGGAACUGGCCAGAUUGAGUCUUCUUAGUAAAUGUUUUUACAGUUUUAUUGGAAA